CUUGACUUUCGUUUGCGGAAAACCACUGUCUAAGGCAGAUUACAUUGACGCACUUCUUUCAAAAUUUUGUUAUAACACCGACUUCUUCGUUAUACAUUUUACCGUAACUAAAAGAAGAGCAUUGACAUUAAACGUUAUUUUAAGUAGAUGGUGUAUAAUAAGCUACACUUAAUUGAGCACAAUGAAGGUGGCGUGGUCUCCCACCAACAAGGACAACUUCCUCACGUUCACCACUAGCAUCAUAAACCUGUAUGAGAUCAACAGUUGUAAACCUGGAGACACUGUCCCUAAAGGGUCACUACAGGUUACAGACGAGAACUAUGCCACAAACAUUGCCACAUUGACAGAUGUCAACCUUAUGAAGGUUGUGGAAUGGUACCCGGGUCCUACCAGCGACCAUUUGGUGGCCAUUGGGCAGGCCAAUGGCAAAAUACUGCUAUCAAAUUUUGGAAGAAAGGGAGAGAGUGAUUUGAUUGGAAAAGAAUUUGUGCCGCGACACCUACGUUAUUGCUCCUAUCUCGCGUGGAACCCUGUGUAUCACCAUCUACUCUGUGAGGGUUUGGACAAGCAUCGUAGCGACUGCUGUAUCUGUGUGUGGGAUGUAAAUGCCUGCCCAACUUCUGACCUACCCUACCUGAGUGACCGGCAGCGUUACACCAUGCAGGAUAACAUUGUCAGCAAACCAUUCAUUGAGAUAGGUCUAGGGGAGACCACUUCAUCAUUUGCCUGGUUUAACCUGGAACCAAAGACAUUUGUGGCUGGCAUGAAUGCCAAGGUGCUACGAGUGUAUGAUAUCAGAGAUACAAGUAAACCCCACCUAGUGGCCCACACCAAGUACGUGAAUGGUGUCUGUACUGACCCAAUGCAUGAGUCACGCAUCGCUUCUUAUCAUGAGAACCAUGUUUCAAUAUGGGAUGUGAGAAACUUUGAAAAACCUAUUCUGACCAUUCCGACUGAUAGAGGAGUGAUGAAGAUAGACUGGUGUCCCACUAGGGCUGGGUUUCUUGCUGUGCUGAGUCGAGACAGUUCUGUCGUGAAGCUGUUUGAUAUUCGCCACUCCAUCAUCGGCACAGAGGAGCUCGAGCCUGUCAUCUUCGACAGGACGUUACAACCUAACAAGCAGCAUGCAGUGGUUAACUUUACGUGGCACCCAACGUGUGAGAACCGUCUCACCACCGUCACCCCUACAGGGCAGAUCAAGGACAACCAGAUAUUUGAAAAACUGCCCAUGAGUUUCAAUCCGUCAAUGACUGUGUCGUGGAUGUUUGGGAAGGUGAUCUCUGUGCAAGAUUACACUUCUGAGAUGGACAUAUCCCUCCGUAUCAAACAGCGCACACUUCAAGGCUAUGGCCUACAUAGAGAAGCACUAUGGAAUAAUGCGGUAGUGGUUGCAGAUGAGCCCCAUCUACAUGCACUUUGGCACUGGCUAGACUUAUCCACAACCCUGAUAUGCGGGGAGGAAGCUCAGCAGCAACAACAGCGUAAGGGUGGGAAGGGUCGGUAUGUUGGCGUGUUGGACCUGGUGGCUGGUGACCGGAGUGAGCGUCCAGCCUCCAACCUUGUGUACUCAACGUGGCAGUAUCCAGAGGGCGCACAAGGGAACUCUUCUGACAGACGACAGGUGAAACAGUACCACAGUGAGGCAAGGUCACGGGCCUUGCAGCUUUGUGGAUGGUGGUACAACCGAGAACCGCAAGACACCUCCGAUCCGCUCUCUCUUCUUCUAGACAGUUUGGUGACGGAGAAUCGGGAGUAUGAGCGAGCGGCAGCCAUUGCCGUGUUGAGCCUCAAGAUAGGGAAGGCAGUCAAGAUUCUCAGCGCAGAGGCUGCACGGGCAGAGGAUGGUCAUAUGUACAGUAUGGUAGCAAUGGCAUUGUCAGGUUUCACAGAGGAGCGUAAUGCUCUGUGGUUGCAGACUUGCAGUGAACUACGCCUCUCACUGAACAACCCAUACCUGCGGGCCAUGUUUGCCUUUCUGGCGUGUGAGCGUGAUGGAGACUUUGAUGAAGUUUUGAGGGACGAAAAUGCAAUGGCAGUUAAAGACAGGGUGGCAUUUGCCUGCAUGUACCUUAACGACUCAAAGUUGAAUGUGUACCUGAAGGAGCUAUGUCACUAUUUGAGGCAGGCCGGCGAUCUAGACGGGGUGCUGCUCACAGGUCUGACUGGCCCCGAUGGACUAGAGCUGCUGGGACGGUAUGUGGAUGUGACGUCAGACAUACAGACAGCCGCUCUUGCUGUCAUCUAUAGCUCACCUAGCGAACUCACUCGGGAUGAAUGUGUAUUAACAUGGAUUGAUAGCUACAGGGACCUACUUAACAGAUGGAAACUGUGGCAUCAGAGGGCCAAGUUUGACAUUAUCCGGCAUGCAGUGGACAAGAGCCGGGUGCCUGGACAGGCGUUUGUGAGCUGUAACUACUGUGGGAAGUCUAUCGCAUGUAACAUGACCCUGGCGUCCCGGCCCCGAGCAUCACACUAUAACCCCCCGCCCAACAAUAGGCCUAAGAGCACAAUAUGUCCAGGAUGCCGGAAGCCUCUGCCACGAUGUGCUCUGUGCCUGACAAACUUGGGCACUUUAGCAGGGUCCAAUCUGUACAUGCAGAAGGAUAAAACUGAGUACGAGGGCAAGCUUACAUCAUUUGACAGUUGGUUUACAUGGUGUCAGACGUGUCGACACGGCGGACACUCUAAACACAUAACAGACUGGUUCCGUGAGCAUGCGGAGUGUCCAGUGACUGGUUGUCUGUGUCACUGUAUGACACUAGAUCCCAAUAGUCAACUCCAGGUGGAUUGUGCAGCUUAGUCACUAUUGUUCUACUGAAAUAGCAAUUUGGAUUUCAAACGGGACGAGAAAGAAGAGCAGGGUAGCUUCAUAAGGCUGGCUAUGGCUUAUCCAUAUACAAAACAAUUCAAGCAUACCGCACUGAAUACUGGGAUCGUAUGACACGUGGACUACGAGUUGCCCUGUAGGCUACUGUAACCUUGUCACAUUCCGUCAUAGAGACACAAGGAACUUGCACCGUUUCCCUGUUAUUAAAGCAGCUUGAUACCAGCAUAUUGUGUAGAAAUAAAUAAAUCAUGUGUAUGUGAUAAUUAUUAAUUUAAUUACAUAUUGUCUUUUUACAACCAUGUGACCUGAUACUAUGUAUUGUGCCAAUAUACAUGUAUUACAUAAAUUGCAUGAAAGACUUUUUACCCAUGAUGGUUUAUUUAUUAUUUUAUUGUAAUAGAUCAUCACAUUUAACUUCUGUGUUGAUAUCACUAAUGCACCUUUAUUCUAGGUCACAAUGCACAUCAAACACCUACGUUGUUUGCGAAUAUAUCACCUGUACUUUGAUCAAAUGAAUACGAAUGAAGAGAUAGCUCUUGUGUAAUCAGAUAAAGUGUUAAAUAAGGAAAUCAAGUUCAAAUUUUGAUAUAUUGAAGUAAAUAGUGUAAGAUUAA